AUGUCCGAUGCACCUACCAGUCCAUUCACAACCGGACAGGUUAUUACCCCUAGUGUGAUGACAAAAGCACUCCGUGAAGCCCGCGAGGACAGCGACAUUCAAGCGGUCAUAAUGCGGGUUGAUAGUCCCGGUGGAUCUGCGGUCGCAUCAGACGCCAUUUGGCGGGAGGUGCUGCUAACGCAACAGGAAAAACCCCUUAUCGUAUCAAUGUCGGACGUUGCCGGAUCGGGUGGGUAUUACAUCGCCAUGGCUGCGGGAACGAUUGUUGCCGAGCCGGGGACGAUUACCGGCUCGAUUGGGGUACUUGGCGGAAAACUCAACCUCAAAGGACUCUACAACAAAAUUGGGCUGACAAAAGAGGUUAUCACACGCGGGCAGAAUGCGAAUCUCUAUUCGGACUAUGGCGAUUUUACGCCGACAGAGCGUGAGCGGUUGCAGAAAUUGUUAGAGACAAUUUAUCAGGAUUUCGUCCGAAAAGCUGCUGAGGGCAGGGACAAAACCGAAGCGGCGAUUCACGAACUCGCACAGGGACGGAUCUGGACAGGAAAACAGGCCAAGGAGAUUGGGCUUGUCGAUGAACUGGGUGGACUCGAUACCGCACUCGCAAUUGCCAAAAAACAGAUCGCACUAGAUCCCACCGAUGAGAUUGACCUCAUCAUACUGCCAAAGCCGAAGACGUUCUUUGAGACACUGAUAGAGGAUAUGGAGAUGGGCAUACGGCUUCCGAUAACGCCUCACCUUCCAUUGCCGACACCGAUUGAACAUGCUUUGCCGAGUUUUUACUGGCUGCAUCUGUUUACCAAUGAACCCGCCGCAACGGUGAUGCCAUUUGAGAUUGUUAUCCGGUAG